UUGCGCAGGAUCCUGCGGGAGUCCGCUGAAGGACUGCGAUUUCUACUUCUAUGGUCACGAGAAAGAUGUCCCGACCGUCAAGCUCAUUCGCAAGGGCGACAACAAUAUAUACGUUCAGUGCGGUCACAUUCUGCACCGGGAUGGGUACGACACCCGGCCAGUGCAGACUGUGAACUCGGCCCACUGCGAGCUGCUCAAGGGCGGGAGCUGGGACAAAGAAGCGUGCCAUCAUCGGCUGUACGGCAACGGCAGGCACGUCGCCUCUCGCGAGUUCAACGUGGGCAAUCCGGGCGACUUCCUGAACGCGUGCAUCAAGGUCCAGAUCAGCGCGGCACAGUACGAGGACGGGGGCAACUUCAACAACGGUCACAGCAACCCCAGGGCCUGCAUCCUCGUAAAGACCGAGGGAGCCUUCCAGUAAAUAGCUUUUCAGUUUACCUUAAAGUUUUGUGUACAUAGACUAUUUAUGUAGUGAUACAAGUUAUAAACAAUUUUUGAUGAGCUUGAUGACAGUCCAUACGAAGCAGAGGAACCCCAGAGAGGGUAACAGCAGUAGCGCAUUUACUAAAACACACACAGGCACAUACAAACACACGCACACACACACACAUACCUCUCUCCUGAUGAGUCGGUGAAAGCGCGACGAAAGUCUGGCACUGUCUUUGCUUUUUUUGUGGAAUUGCGUACCGCGAAUAAGAUCACACACGCGCACACACACACACACACACACACACACACACACACACACACACACACACACACACACACACACACACACACACACACACAGUGGUAGCAAGAUACACACGCAGAUGCACAACACACGGGAUAGAGAGGCAGACACGAAUAGACACAUUGGGCAGCGCAAGUGACAACGAAUUGCAUGGUAAUAGUAGGCCCAGGUUCAACGAACGGAUCCUUCGAUGUGACGUUGGGAUGCCUCGAGUCCUUGCUCGGCUCAUGAAGCCUCUAGUGUAAUUUACAUAAAACAAUAUAGAAACGAAUUUUAGGUUCCUCGAUAACGUGGAAAAAGCUGUAGAUAGUGUCUGAUUGACGUCCAUAGCCAACUCUAUUUGAAUAUGCCGAUUCUUGGGAAGAAGCUGGGGAAGAAGCUGUCCGAUCUGUGUUCCUUGCUUUUCGUACAUACCAACGAUGACUACGGUUCCGCAUGGACAUCAGUACUGUUUUUUUUUUGAGGUAUCGAACCCAGCUCUUUCCGCUUAGGGAAUAAUAGUGUCAAAUUACGGCGAUACCCUGUAUUGGCCCCGAAUACCGGUUACACGUUUUGGCCUCGAACUGUGGCAGUGUUCUUUCUUCAACAAAGUUCUCUGGCAUCUUCUGUACUGCGGGCGAUGACGGACCUCGAGCUUGUUAUUUCUGUAGUAGUCUGCCUUUGGAGAGUCUGGGCGAAACGAUAGGACUUCAACCAGUGACUCGUCGACUUUCGGUUAUCUGCUGGUGACGAUAAUAAAUUGAUAAUUCCUAG